UCCUGGGCGUUUGUAUGACGUCAUUAGGAUUCCUUGCUGCGGAAAACGUGGAGUUUUCAUGGUGUGUUUUGGAUCUCAAGUUAAAAUAACAUCGCAGUCAGACUGAACCGCCAGCUGGACAGGGAUGGAGUACAUGCAGGGUCCUGCCACGAGCAGUCCGGGGAACAUCUUGUGUUGUACAUGUGGUGUCCUAAUCCCUCCCAACCCUGCCAACAUGUGUGUUGCCUGCCUGCGUACCCAGGUGGACAUCUCUGAGGGAAUCCCCAAGCAAGUGUCUGUGCACUUCUGCAAGCAGUGUGAACGGUAUUUACAACCACCAGCCACAUGGGUACACUGUGCUCUGGAGUCAAGGGAACUGCUGGCCCUCUGCCUGAAAAAACUUAAGGGUUCUAUGACCAAAGUUCGUCUUAUCGAUGCUGGCUUCUUGUGGACAGAGCCACACUCAAAAAGGAUCAAGAUGAAACUCACCAUCCAGAAAGAGGUGAUGAAUGGCGCCAUCCUCCAGCAGGUGUUCGUGGUCGAGUUUGUCAUCCACUCUCAAAUGUGUGACGACUGUCACCGUGUGGAAGCCAAGGACUUCUGGAAGGCUAUGGUUCAAGUUAGGCAGAAGACUCUUCAUAAAAAGACAUUCUACUAUCUGGAGCAGUUGAUCCUGAAACAUAAACUCCACCAGAAUGCCCUCAAUAUCAAGGAAAUCCACGAGGGAAUUGAUUUCUACUAUGGCUCCAAACAGCAUGCUCAGAAGAUGGUGGACUUCCUCCAGUGCACUGUGCCCUGCAGGUCAAAGACAUCCCAGCGCCUCAUCUCUCAUGACAUUCAUUCAAACACGUACAACUAUAAGAGCACCUUCUCUGUGGAGAUUGUUCCUGUCUGCAAGGACAAUGUUGUGUGCCUUUCACCACGGCUGGCACAGAGUCUGGGGAACAUGGGGCAAGUGUGUGUGUGCAUCCGUGUCACCAGUACCAUCCACCUCAUCGACCCCAAUUCUCUCCAGAUUGCUGAGGUAGAUGGGAACACAUACUGGCGUAACCCGUUCAACAGCCUCUGUAACCCACGGCUACUGGAAGAGUUUAUCAUAAUGGACAUUGACAUCAUCAGAAACCAGAAGCUGGGCGCUGGAGCUGGAAUGAGGUCUAAUAAGCACACUCUGGCUGAGGUGUGGGUUCAGAAGACAUCUGAAAUGGACACGAGUCAGCAGUACUACUGUCGAACAUUCUUAGGCCACCUGCUCAACAUUGGAGACCUCGUGCUGGGAUUUGAUAUUGCUAAUGCCAACAUCAAUGAUGAAUACCUAAAUAAGAUGAACCCUCACCGUGUCCCUGAUGUGGUGCUGAUCAAGAAGAGCUUUGACCGCACCAGGAGAUUAAAACGCCGGAACUGGAAAUUGCAAGAGCUGGCCAGAAACCGGGAUGACAUGGACACCGAUGAUGAACGACAAUACCAGGAAUUCUUGGAGGACUUGGAGGAGGAUGAGGCUCUGAGGAGGAACAUAAACAUCUACAGAGAUGCAUCAAAGAUUCCGGUGGAGAGUGACACUGAUGAUGAUGGUGCACCACGUAUCUCCUUAACGGAGAUGCUUGAGGACCUUAGCCUAACAGAUGCCACAGGAGGGGAGGGAGCUGCCAUGAUGAUGGAAUAGCCUGCCGAUUUUGCUGAUCAUACAGUCGGCGCUGAGACGCCUAUUUUUCAUCUGACAUAGUGAUGACUGGUUCAAGGCAGAGGAGGUUUUGUUUUGCAAAGUAUCCACAGUCCUCUAAGUGUGGUGUAAUUACUAUUUACUUUACAUUUGAUUGUUUGCUUACAGUUUUCACCUAAACUGGUCAGUUACUCCACACCUCACACACUGGGAGGACAUUAUGAAGCUGACCAGCAGUGUGUCAGGGGCUCUCCUCUCCUCUUUCUGCAACCAGAAAUUAAAACUAGAGAAAUAGCUUUAACACAAAUCAAGUAUGUCGUCAUGCACUUUUUUUUUCUUUUACAGCUAAUUUGUACUGUAGGCUUUUUCUAAUAAAUAUGGUGCAAGUUGCUUUGGUGGAGAAAUACACAAGCGGGAGCUUUGGACUUCUGUGAUGAGGAAAGUUGUGCAUGACACCUGUUGCUGGAAAAGCCUUAAAAUGUGUUCAUUUGGCUACUGUGGGUAAUAUCAAAUACUCAGCAUGUUUUCAGCCGGAGUGUGAUGUCUGUGUGGCUUCUGCUGAAGAUACGAAUAGGUAUUAAGGCUGUUCUGAAUAACUGUCGUGAUAGUGGAGGAGCCAGGACAGUUUCGUGUGCAAUACUUGUUAAUGUUUGGCAGAACCUAUAAAUGUAUUCUACUCAGUCCGAAUAUUUGAAAAAAUUUUGUUGCCUUUAUUUAUCUUGUUGACCUUUACCAGUUAAGCUGCAGGGUCCCUCUUGAGUCUUCCAUGCCCUAAUAUCUAUCUGGUGCAAAUUUGGUGCGAGUCUGUCAAGUAGUUUUAUUAUUAUUAUUAUUAUCAUCUUUUUAUUGGGAGAGGCAGAUAUCCAUCACAAACAUUUUUACAGACUUAAUCACUCAAGAACACAGAAAUAAAUGGAUUCAGAGAGUUCAAAUGAUUUGUCCAUAUUGCUCUCCUAAGAUUUUUUUGGAUCAUUAAUUAUUCCAGUUCUAAACAAUAUAAAAACCAAACAACAGGGAAGUGCCCCACACCCCAGCAUUAGUACUACUAAAUGAAAUUAGAUCUGAUUGGUUUCACGUACUCUGUCCAUUUGGUCCAGAUCCUAUAAAAUUUUUCUUUCUGAACUUUGAGGGAAAAUAUCUUCUCCAUGACAUAAAUCUUUUAAACAAUUUCAAUCCACUCCUCGAUGGUGGGUGGUUCUACUUUUAACCAUUUCCUUGUGAUGGAUUUCUUACAGGCUGCCAAUAGUAUAGCCAGCA